GGGGUGUGGGGUGCGGGGUGGGGGUCACGGAGGGCCCGUGGGCCGCGCGCAGGGGUUGGGGGCGGUUAGCGCAGGAGGCGGCUCUGAAAGAGGCAGAAGUGAGCUCAGCGGCGGGAACUUCACAUAGGCUCGCGACGCCGGGCAUCAGUCGCGGGCAGCGAGUUACCGCAGGCUUCUCCGUGCCUGAAGACUGCAGCCCGACGCUGCUCUGCUGCCUCCCCUUCCGGGUUCCGGGUUCCCGCCAGCGCGGACACAGUCCCUGCCGAGCCGACCAAUCGGAGAGCGCCCGAAACCGGGGCCGGGCCAAUCGGAGACGCGUCCCUUGUCCCCUUGGCGCGCCUGCGUCGCCAGCGUCCGAAUCUCCCGCCAAUAGCCCUACCCCGCCCGCGAAGGCGCGGCCAAUCAGCGUCCGAGGGUCGCGGCGGCCCGGCCGCCUCCAAGGCGGAGGGGGCAACCUUUUUUGAGGGCCUCGCCUCAGUCAACCCGGCGGCGCCCCUUCGCCUCCCGGAUGGCAGCACGCGGGGCAGCUGUUUCGCGGCUCCCGUCCCGGCCUGGGCGGCCUGCGGGGCGCGCGCCUCCGAGCGGCUUCCCCCGGCGCGGGCCCGAUGGUCUCGACCGGCCCGGCGCGCGCGGGAGUCCGGGGGGCGGGGCGGCGGCCCAUAAAGGCUGUUGGGGGCGGGGCGCGCGCAGUCAGUCAGCGUCGCGCGAAGAGGAAGUCGCCGUCGCCGCCGCCAGAGCCGGACCCCCAGGCCCCCACGAUCCCGCCCGCCGCGUCGCCAUGGCCUGCCGGCUGCGAAGUUCCCCCGGGUGCGGGAGCCGCCGCGACGGCGACGCCAGCCCGCCGCCCGCCGCAAGAUGGAGCCUCGGACGCAAGCGUACGGCCGACGGGAGGCGCCGGAAGCCCGAGGACGCCGAGGGCCCCUCGAGGCCGCCAGGCCACCGCAGACCCGACAGCUUUACCACUCCCGAAGGCCCUAAGCCCCGUUCUAGAUGUUCAGACUGGGCAAGUGCAGUCGAAGAAGAUGAAAUGAGGACUAGAGUUAACAAAGAAAUUGCAAGCAGGGAAGCAGGGCCAGACUGCUUCCUCCCGCUCUGCAGCGGUCGAUGGUAUUUAGAGCUGCUGUCUUCGGAAAGGCUCGGACACACGUGGGGGUUGGUUGUGACCACUUAAUUUCUUUCAGCCAUGAGAAUGCAUGUGUGUGGGUGAGUAGGAUGCCUGGGUAGAAGGGUGAACUGGAGCUGACAGACGUGGGCUUCAGUGUUUUGAAUGAGUUCUCGUGUUUAUAUAGAUCUUGAUUUUUCCCAGCUGUAACGGUAGGCUGUUUGACUGGGUCUAUGCAGUUUUUGUGUUCUGCUCACCAGGGUUAUAACAAUCCUCAUCAUGUCCUUGUGUAUCCGGACCCCCAGUGUCACCCCUUGCUGGGGACUGUCUGCAGCUCUUAAGUGCCGCAGGGAGACCCCUGUUUGUCUUGACCUUCCUGUCGGUGGACCCCUCUUUGUUCCUUUCUGAAAAUUGCCCUGCCUUGCAAAGCAGGCCUGAUCUUGUCCAGAGCACUGUUUUGGGCCGCUCCCUUUCUGAUGGAAAGCUGCUGCUUUUGAUAAGACCCAAGUGAUGUGAGCUUUUGAUGAUGGUGGUCUGCCUUACUUCCCACCAGGAAGGGGGGCGGUAAGAAUUCAGCUCACUGUAUGUCAAGGAGGCUAGCACACACUACACACCAGCGGUCUGAAAAUUUGAAAAUAGGUUUUAGUCAUACCUGAAGCCAGUCUUUUCAACUGGGGUUCCAGAAAGAAUGAAAUCCUACAGAAAAUGAUUUCAGGAACUAGUUUCUCAGUUCUCAGGGGGUGGUUCAUUAUCUCCCGGUAUCCAGGCUUUACUGGGAUGCCCCAGCAAACUUGGGGAAGGUUGAGAAUUUUAGAUUUGGAAGGAGGCACCGUGAUACGUGACAUGUUUUAGACACCUGCAUGAGCUUCUAGCUAGAGGCGGUUCACGGUUUCCAUUGUUAGAUUGCAGUGUGCUUCUUUGGUGACGUACUUUUGCAAAGUUGGGUGUUGGUCAUUGCUGUGAUAGGAGGGAAAUGCCCGGUGAAAUCCACAAGGGAUGGGGGGACGGGGGAAGGUGUGCAGUCUUUCCAAGAAGGUGAGCAGUGCCCAACAGGCACACGUCUCCUUAAUAAGUAAUCGUGGUAUUAGAAGUAAAAACUUUGUAUUUCAACUAAGGUUUAUUUUUUUCUAAAGGCUUCAGGGUUAGAGGGAUGUAAAUUUCUGUGUCGUUUGGGUCUCACUAUUUAGCUGGCGGCAGUAUUUUUUUUUUUUAGAACCUGGUUGUUUUAAGCACCUUGUAUGAUCUUGGCACGUAACCUUUAUCUUCGCCUCAAAGGUGGUUGAGGGAGGUUGAAAAUAAAAGAAGCCACCUACUGUUACUUAAUCCACUUACCAGACCACACCCUCAGGGAGGCUUUGUUCCCUGUGGCUCUGUCUUAGCUCUAAAAGCAUUGUGUUCAUUUCUAUACCUUUUUAAAAACAG